AUGGCCCCGGAUCUGCGGCUCCGAGCCUGGCUUUGGGCCAUCCUGUGCCUCCCCCUUCCUGUGGGGGCUGUAUCCCGAAGGCACACAGGAGAGCCCAUGGACAGUGCUGGUGUGGGUGGUGUCCCACCGAAGCCAGAGCAGCCGGACACGAUGUUUGAGUUAUUGUGGACAGGGCUGGAGCUGGACGCUGUAGGACAAUUCCGCCUCCUGGACGAGGAGCUGGCAUCUACACGCCCUGGCCGACGGCUCACCCUCUUCCUUCAGCGUUGGGUUCCCAGUAGCUUGACUGGGACUGAGCAGCAGCUACAGCAGUGGCACCAGGCGGCCCCCCUGAGCCCUGCACACUUCCAGCAGCUGUUGCUCACCAGUCUGGCCUGUGUCUAUCGCCUCCAUGCAGCUCUUGAGGGAGAGGAGAAAGGUCGCUGGGCUGAACUCUUCUCCAUUUUGGGACAGGAAAUACUCCAGGAUCUGUGCAAGGGCCACUGCCCCCAGGGCCAGACCCCCAUGCUGAGUCCUCAGGCCUCCCCGAAUGACCCAUUCCAACAACACUCUAGCCCCUAAGCCCUCCCUGGGCAGUGGGCAUCACCUGCUGCUUUCUAGCCCACUCACCUCCACCUCUGCCUUCCCCGGCCUCCCCCCAGGCUUGGCUUUUCUCUUUCCUGCUCCUGCCCCUUCCUUGGACCCUUUGUUCCCUGGAGAGCACAAGGGAAGACAUUUGGGUUCCCUGGUCCUCAGUUUCCUCGCCUGUAAAAAAGAGGAGUGACCCAGAUGAUUUUUAAUGUCCCUUUUAGCCCUGAACCCUCUGGUUCUGCAGGAGGGCAUGGCUUGGGCAAAGUAAAUGCAAGAAAUGGGGGUUGGGGGAUGAUGGAAAUGAGAGUGGCAGUCCGAAGAACAAUUACAGAGAUAGGACUAGGUGAUUAGACCUCAAGAACAGAGGGACCAGCUGUCCUCCCUGGGCAGCA